AUGCCAAACUCUCCCCCGCCUCCCACCUACGAGGAGGCGGUGCUUUCUUCUGUAGACCCCCAUCUUAGACAGAACCACACCACCCACAAGAAGACCCACUCACCGACAAGACAAACAGCAGACAACCCAGCAGAUGCACCCAAACUGGGGUUGUCAUUUCAAACAUCGAUCCAUCCGUUGCUAACUUACACCCAGGCAGACGGUACAUCCCAUUCUUGUGUCUUAGAUAUACCUCUUGAUACAGACUUGACAACUGAAUCGGAUAGUCAAAAUUAUAUGAACGCCCCAGCUAUUAUAAUCCACAGUGCUAUAUCCACACCCGGAGAUGAUGAGUCUAAUUAUUUCGACAAAUUUAAUUCGAACAGCAAAAACAGCCUGGUAAAAGAACAGCAAACAGCUCAAAGCGAAAAACAAAACCAAAAAUCUCCAUCUUUUUCAACGAGUAAUCAAGAAACUGGAAAUUUCACAAACGCGGAUAUUGAGCUUAACAUUUUUGACAGAACUAAGAAAGAUAAAAAUGGCGCGGGAGUUUCAUAUGAAACAAUAACUAAAGAUCAUAGCUCAGUUAUUCACAGCAGUGAUGGUAGGGAUUGCAAACGCGGUAUCACAGAGGCUUGUGUGGAAUGCAGAAAAGCUAACGGAGUCAACAGGAAGAGCUCAGUCACUUCAGAUAUUGCCAGGUUUAGAAACGCUAACACAGAAAUCAUUUGUAUAUCUAAGAAUGGAACCCGACCCCCCAGGUACUACAGCCAGGACUCUUUAAUUAAAAGACCUCAUCAACCAGGCUGUUUACCACAGAACGAAUUAUCCAACAGUGUGGAUGAAGAAUGGUGCCAAAUGGAUAGAAUCCACGCUGAUAGUUUCUCGUCCGCGCGAAGUAUGCGACAAAGAAGCGGCACUUUAGAUUAUACCUCAGCGCCUUUUAAGCAACAAUUUAAACAGAGUUCUGAAAGGACAAGUAGUACAUUUGUUAUAAUGCCGGCGCGAAGCAACUUUUCAAAAUCGUAUACCGAUUUAUCAAGUAGACAUCAAGUGGCUUAUCACAGGGAGAGUUACUGCGGUCGAAAUAUUUACAAGUGCCCAAGAUGCCAUAGUUCGUCUUCUACCCGCGACUCUCGGUGCCAAAUCGCGGCAAAACCGCACAAACAGCACAAUUUAUCGAGUAGUCGCAUCAACCGUAGUGUUGAAGAAAAUCGCAUAAGCAAAAUUCACCUACUUCCUGAAGCGAGAAACGGACAUGGCACAAGAGGAAUUCGAAGUGUUAGUGUAGGCGAUGUUCGUAUGCGAGACGGGACAGACGAUUAUGAGUGGAAAGAUGGGAAGGUUCAGCUGAAGAAUGGGAAGAUCUCGCACGGAGAGAGUGUCCGAUAUGUCUGGAAAGAUGGACACGUGGAGAAGAUCACAUCUGAUGCGAAUAAUGAAGACACCCAAGUGGAGAUUCUAGAAGCUUCAGAUAGCAAGACCUGUAGCAAGAUUAAUCCUGUAUUCGUCUGUGUGUUUCUGCUGGCUGUCAUUGCUGUUGUCAUCAUUAUACCAGUCUACUUCUCUAGCUGA